CAAAGUCAUUAGUCAUCCUUCAACUCCCCCCUCUUCCACGCACAGCUCUGCCCAGGCCGUUAAUGCUUACUCUCACUUCCCAUUCUUCUUCUCAACUCUAUCUCUCCCGAAAACAAUGUCGACAACAAGAAAUCUCAUCCUCCUCUUCACUUCAAUCUUCUUUCUCUUCACACUCUUCUGCUUUACACCUUUCUCUCACUUCUCUUCACCAAUUCUUGCAAAAGCUCUUGGUUUCUCUCGCAACAGCACAGAUGAAGCCGAAGUUGGAACUGUUUCUUCAAUCUCUAUUGACCAACAUCGUAGGCAGAGAUCGGGCAAGCUCAUCCUGCAGAGCAUCUCUUCCGCAGUUGAUGAAAAGGAUGUGGUGGUGUUGACCAAGAACAACUUUAGCGACUUUGUUGAUAGACAUAGAAAUAAGUAUGUAAUGAUGGAUUUCUAUGCGCCUUGGUGCUAUUGGAGUCAGAAGCUGGAACCGGAAUAUGCUGCGGCUGCUACCAUGUUGAAGGGUAAGGCUGUUCUUGCAAAAAUAGAUGCUACUCAAGAAACAGAGUUGGCGAGGAAGUUCAAGAUUGAUGGGUAUCCAACUCUGUAUCUCUCAGUUGGUGGAGUUCACAACGCUGGUCAUUCCUACUAUGGAAAACGAACCAGGGAUGCUAUUUCAAAUUGGGUUAAUCAGAAGGUUAGCAAUAUUGUCCAAAACGUGACUAUAGUUGAUGAGGCAAUCCGUAUAUUAGCUGCUGAAUCUACGAUGGUUUUGGGAUUCCUAGACACUUUACAGGGUCCACAUAGUGAGGAGCUUGCUGCUGUCUCAAAACAGUAUAUAGAUGUCAAGUUCUAUCAAACUAGCAAUGUUGAUGUAGCUAAGCUUUUCUACAUUGACCCUCAAAUCAAACGCCCUGCUCUGAUCAUGCUGAAAAGAGAGUGUGGAAAUUAUAGCCACUUUCGUUAUGAAGGUCAAUUCACCAGAUUGGCAAUCGCUAACUUUGUAUCUGUAUAUAAGCUUCCUCCAGUGAUCACUUUCACAGAAGAGGAUUGUAUAGACAUUUUUGAAAAUCCAAUGAAACAGUUGUGGCUUUUCACUCCUAAAAGAUCAUGGAAAGUUGUAUCCAUAUUCAAAGAGGCGGCAAAUGCUUUCAGAGGAAAGCUUCUCUUUGUACAUGUGGAAACUGGAGAUGAAUUCCCCGUCCGCAGGUGUCUUUUUCAUGAAUUUGGCCUCACUGAAGAUUCUCCAACAGUUGUAGCUUAUUACAAAGAAAAUGGGGAUGAGAAGAAUCAUAUAUAUCAUGGUGAAUUGAGCUUGUGUGGCAUCAAGUCAUUUGCAGAGGAGUUUCUAGAAGACGGGUUUCUGAUAAAAUCAGAACCAGCCAUGAAUACAUCUAUCUCUGUAUAAAACUGAUCUUUAAAAUCUAUUAGUAAGAAGUUGUCAUGUACCAUCUCUAAAGUGUGUUAAGAGGUGAUGAAUAGUACACUUAUGUAGUUAUAUUUGUGCCAAGUGGCACAACACUUCUAAUAAUAAUAAUAAUACUAGUUUAUUAAUAUAUAUUAAAUAAAA